CGGGGGCGGGGUGCAGCCGAAACCACACCGGGCUCAAGUUUCCUCUCUUGGCCAGAAGGGGCAGGAGGAGAGGAGGGCCACGGGGAAAGGGAAAGGUUGGAGGAAGCACUGCUAACUCCGACCGAGGGCUUCGGAGAGACCGCCGGUGCUCCCGUUUCUACCGGGGCCAACCGGUGCUCGGGCUCAGCCAUGGCCCGGGGGCGGGGCUCGGCCCUCAGUAGUACUCAGAGGCAGUGCUCAGCGCACAGGAGGUGUCAACUCUGACCCAGCCUCUCAGGGACACUACCCGCAGCCUCAUCUCUCUCCUCGCUGGGCUUGGAAUCCGCCACAGGUGCCUGAAAGGCGAGUCUGGAGGGACGCCUCAAUGGGCUCUGGGGAGGUUUUGGGAACCCUUUGUGCUUGGGGAGACCUGGGGCUAUCAGCUGGCACAGUAGGAUGCCCCCGUGUCCUCCUCAGCAGAACAGGAACAGGUUAUCACAGCUGCCUAUUGGGGAGCUUGGAGAGAUGGAACUGACUUGGCAAGAGAUCAUGUCCAUUACUGAGCUGCAGGGUCUAAAUGUUUCAAGUGAGCCAUCUUUUGAGCCCCAAGCACCCACCCCAUACCCUGGGCCACUGCCACCUCCAACAUACUGCCCCUGUUCUAUUCAUCCAGAUGCAGGCUUCUCUCUUCCCCCACCCUCUUAUGAGCUCCCAGCAUCCACUCCCCAUGUCCCAGACCUCCCUUACUCCUAUGGCAACAUAGCUAUACCAGUGUCAAAGCCACUUACCCUUUCAGGCCUGCUCAAUGAGCCUCUCCCAGACCCCUUAGCUCUCCUGGACAUUGGGCUGCCAGUGGGGCAACCCAAGCCCCAAGAAGAUCCAGAAUCUGACUCAGGAUUAUCUCUCAACUACAGUGAUGCAGAAUCUCUUGAGCUAGAGGGUGCAGAGGCUGGCAGGCGGAGGAGCGAGUAUGUGGACAUGUACCCGAUGGAGUACCCUUACUCACUUAUGCCCAAUUCUUUGGCCCACCCCAACUAUACUCUUCCACCCACUGAGACACCCUUGGCCUUAGAGUCAUCUUCCGGUCCAGUGCGGGCUAAGCCUACUGUCCGUGGGGAGGCAGGGAGUCGGGAUGAGCGGCGAGCCCUGGCCAUGAAGAUUCCUUUCCCUACGGACAAGAUAGUUAACUUGCCGGUAGAUGACUUUAAUGAGUUGUUGGCACAGUAUCCAUUAACAGAGAGCCAGCUGGCUCUAGUUCGGGACAUCCGUCGACGGGGCAAGAACAAGGUGGCAGCCCAGAACUGUCGCAAGAGAAAACUGGAAACCAUUGUGCAGUUGGAGCGGGAGCUGGAGCGGCUGGGCAGUGAAAGGGAGCGGCUUCUCAGAGCCAGAGGGGAGGCUGACCGCACUCUGGAGGUCAUGCGCCAACAGCUGGCAGAGCUGUACCAUGAUAUUUUCCAGCAUCUUCGAGAUGAAUCUGGCAACAGUUACUCACCGGAGGAAUAUGUACUGCAACAGGCUGCUGAUGGGGCCAUCUUUCUGGUACCCCGUGGGACCAAAAUGGAGGCCACAGAUUGAGCUGGCCUAGAGGGGGUAGACACUGGUGCUAGGGACUCCCCUUACUCCCUUCUGAUAAAGGUACUUCCCAAUCCCAGAGCAAGGCUCUGAGUUUUCCAGACCAAAAGAGGGCAGAUGCAACCUUAGCAUUUGGAAGUUCCAAGGUGUAUUUGGCCAGGUGUUGCCUGGAGGCCAGGUGUUGCCUCUAGGGUCCCCACCUCCACCUCUUUCUUGUCCAAGCUUUGGUCCAUAAAGAGCUGUGUGGAAAUAGC